AUGGAGCAACCGGCCGUGAGCGAGACUAUCAAUGGGGGUACGUACGCGAAACACAAAAACCCCGAACGAAUGCUUCAGUCGGUCGAACGGCUUACGCAGGAGCUGGUGUCCCAGUUGGAAGAACGGCACGUGCGUACUAACCCGGAGGAAUGCAGUUCGAUCGUUACCGGCGUACAGUUCAAGAUAGGCGAAAAGGUAACGACAACCACGACAAUGACCGCGGUUGUGACGGCAACGGCGACGGCAACGACGACGACGACGGUGGCGACGAGUCGGGUAAUCAAGCCUGUGCGCGUCGUAUCCAAUCCCGGCUCACCGAGGACGCGAAAGUUACAGCGUGAAUCUUCCAUCAACAAAGAGGCGGAUGAGUCCAAGGUUAAACCCAUAAAAAGCCAAGAUGUGAAAAGUGUGAAGAAAGAGCAACAGACCAAAAUCGCCAAACCGGUAGUGGAAACCGUUACGAAGGUUUCCCGCGUUCGGCAACCAGUAGUGCCAAAGGGUGGCUCCAUUAUUACCAGCAGAACACCGGCAAAACCUUCCAUCGGCAGUCCCAUCCAUCGUCCGGUUGCGAAACCACUCGCCACAAAACCGUACGCUCAACGUUCGGCGACGAAAAAGCUUCAACGUGACGCCACCCGGCAGCAAGCAGAAGCUCAAACCACCAACCGGAUGGUAAACCGGUGUCGAAAAUCCCACUACCGAAGGGUGAGAAAACUAACACACCACCGAGUCGUAUUCCACCGCCGAAGCGGACCACACUCCAGGCGGGAAAGCAGUCAUCCAAGCUCGGUGCAUUGAAAACGUCUCCUGAUGGUGCCCUUAAGAAGUAACGGCGCAUAGCUAGCUUCCUUUUCUCUGUCGCUCUCUUUCGCGUAAUCUUAGCUAGCUUAUCUCAUGGAUGGUAGCAAUUGAAACAAAUACUUUACUAUCUUACACACGUGCCCGGCUUGCUUAAUAGAAGGCGAUACCGUUUGCUGCUGGUCGGGAUCGGUCAGAUGAUUUAUCCAUUGGCCGGUUAGUCGGGGCCCCGUAGGGUGUUCGAUUCCUUUCUUUUCGUCUCUGUUACGU